AUGAAUUAUGAUGAAUAUGCACCAAUCGAACGCAAAAAGAUCGACUUGUCCGAGCUAAAAAAAGCAAAUCUGCCAAUUUUUUUUAUUGUUGGUGGACCUGGUUCUGGAAAAGGAACACAGUGUGACAAAAUCGUUGCAAAAUAUCAUUUGACUCAUUUAAGUUCGGGUGAUCUUCUAAGGGCCGAGGUUAAAUCUGGUUCACCAAGAGGUGCUCAACUUAACAAAAUGAUGGAAAAUGGUGAACUUGUGCCACUGGAAGUGGUUCUUGAUUUAAUUAAAGAAGCGAUGUUAGCUGCAGUGAAAAAAGGUACAAAAGGAUUUCUUAUUGACGGUUAUCCUCGAGAAAUAAAACAGGGUGAUCAAUUCGAAAGCGAGAUUCAAGAAGCGAAACUCGUACUUUUUUUCGAUGUAUGUGAAGAUACACUUGUAAAACGAUGUUUACAUAGGGCUGAAACAAGUGGACGAGUAGACGAUAAUAUUGAAACUAUCAAAAAACGUUUACAUACGUAUAUCACAUCAACUGCUCCCGUUGUUGAGCAUUAUGCGAAGAAAGGAAAAUUAGCCAAAAUACCAUCGGAAGGAAGCGUUGACGAAAUUUUUAAGGCAGUGGAAGUUCACCUCGACAAAAUCAUGAAAUAA